ACUGGUUAAGCAGUUCAUGUGAACUGUUGCCCAGUAAAAAAGAACGACCAUUCGUUCACUCUUUUUGGUAAACUAGUUCUUUUGAACAGUUCAUGAACGGUUUGUCCAUCUCUAGUUUGCCCCGGAAGCUGUUAGUUUCGCACUGAGAUGUUUCACGGGUUGGCACUCGGGUUCAUCAAUCCGCGUUGACGGCAUUGAGUUUGACAUUUCAAAUUAGGGGGUGAAACGUAAACAAACGCAGUGAGAAAAACUAUAAUUUUUGUUCAAAGUUAUCUUGAGAUUCUAUAGCUUUCUGCAAAAAUGGCAUCCAAUGCGAUAAACUCUUCGAUGAUGACGGUAAAUUUGCAGCUUGCCGAUAUUUUUCAAUACGUCGGAGGAGGAAGCAGGUUGAUAGUCGAAGGUGAACGGGUGUUUCAAGCUAACCACUUGCUUCUUGUCGGAGUUCAAACCGUGCACGAGGACGGCUUUACCAUAUUUGCGACUUGUUUGAAGUCAUCAUCACCUAGAGCUGAUCCACACAAAAUUUCCAUCCGCACCAGACCUUCCUUUGAAAAGUGGUCUUUUCAGUGUUCGUGCAAAACUGGAAUGGGAAAAACACAUAAUGGCCGUUUUAAAACAUCUUCUAAUGUGUUCCCUUCAGUUCCAUUGCUUACAGUAACAGAUUUGCAACAAAAGUGGGGUAAAAUUGCAGAAAAAGUUGCUGACGAUAUGUACAAGACAACACCAUUGACCGCAUUCUGCAAAAAAAUUACGAAUACAAAAGAUACGACUGAAGCUGCCUCGCCGGCGGGUUUGACUCACGAUGAGGGUACCAACAUUCUUCAGCUUUUCGUGAAAGGAUUCCCUGAAAGCGGUCUGGCAUACGAAAAGAAAGGACGAGAAAUGAAAAAUAUUGACAAAAAUGAUGAAUCUGAUGUUCUGAAUACACUUCUCGAUAUAGAUGUGCAAAGUCAUUCUACAGAAUCCAUUGAUUCGUUAAUUUCUAUUGAAGAAAAUAUGACUUGCAGUCUACUUAAAUCCAUUGCCUUCUCGCCGCUAGAAUAAAAUAUUAGACAUUCGUAUUUUAGAAUGCAACAGAAAAACACUACUUAGGAACUAGGAACAACAAAGUUUGUAAUGCUAAAAUGUAAGCUGCAAGCUUUCGACGACGGAGAUGGCUCAUAAUUCAGUCGCAAUUUUGUCAACCAAACCUUAUACCGUUUUCUAUCCGCCUUCGGGGGAAAGUUGUGGAAUGAAUAUCCUUGGCCAUUCCGUGUACGACAUCCAGGAACUAUACAAACCACUUUACUAGAAUGCGGUGUUAUAGAUUGAAUCCCGAUAUUUUCAUCACAAGGCUCGUUGCAAGGUUCACUUUGCUUCCACUCGGCCAUUUUCUCCACGAAGCACUGCACUGCAAAUGAAUUGUAUCGUAAUGUUUUUCGCUUUAUUAUUAAAGACAAUGAAUUGACAGAACUGUUUAAUAUAACAGCACUUCAUUUCUUUUCAAGUUUCAUUCAUAAUUUUAUUAAAGAAAUUACCCUAAAAUCUCAGUCCUCCAGAUGCGCCUAUUUUUUCUGCCUCCUACAAACGCUGAAUGAGGCCAGAAUAUUCGUUAUUCACCGUAAUAUGCUGUUUGAAAGCUGUUUAAAGAUUCCUAAAACCAGCAGACGACACAAUCAAAGAAUUACAAUGAGUAAUCACUGUAUCAAAUUUGUAUAUUUUCGAUGGCGGUUUGUUUAUGUUUUGCCCCCUAAUGAGAAGCCAACA